AUGCCUCUGAGGUUCAGGAUGCCUCCCAUCAUUCAGUACUCAGGGUCCAAGGACCCUACAGAACAUGUGGAGUCCUACCGAUCAUGGAUACAGAUCCAAUCUGCCUCAGACGCAAUGAUUUGUCCAGCCUUCUCAAUAACCCUUACUGGGGCCGUGAGGAACUGGUAUCGAUGGCUUAGGCUGAGGUCAAUCAACACCUUCACCGAGCUCAACAGGUCGUUCUUAACUCAGUUCAUCGUCGGUAAAAAGAGCCGAAAGUCAUCUACCCACUUAUUGACCCUCAAGCAGAAGAGCGAAGAGUCGUUGAAAGAUUACAUCUCCCGCUUUAAUGAGGAGACUCUGCAGGUGGGCGACUACUCGGAUAAGAUGGCAUUAUCCGCAAUGAUAAGUGGGCUCAAGGAGGGGAGAUUCCUGCUCUCGAUUGGGAAGAACCCAGAUUCAACUCUUAGCGAGCUUAUCAGCCGCGCACAGAAGUACACUAAUGCCAAGGAGUUCUCUAGCUCACGCAAGAGUAACCAGACCUCUGAGUCCUCAUCUAAGGGUAAGAGGCGGAGGGACGAAGCACCGCGACAUGCGAACAAGAGGUCAGACGACAAUGCCACUUGGGACAGAAGGCCGAGCAGGAAAUCUGAUAUGAAGUUUCAUUCAUACACUCCUCUCAACACGUCUCCCGAGCAGAUCCUACAAGACAUCCAAGAUCAGAGGUUACUACAUUGGCCGAGUUGCAUGAAAACAUAUGCCGGCCAGAGGGACAAACAUAAGUACUACCGCUUCCAUUGUGACCACGGCCAUAAUACUAGCGACUGUGUCGACCUGAAAGAUGAGAUCAAGACCCUCAUCUGCAAGGGUCAUCUGCGUCAAUAUACGAAAGAAGAGAGACAGACCUGGAAGUAUGACUAG